AGAUUCAAACAAGCAAUACUAAAUGAAUUUACACCUACUGUUUGUUAAUGAUUGAUCCACAAUGCUUUUCAAUUUUCCAUGAACGUAACUGGAAAAAAUCAAUCACUUUACAAUAGCUACUGACCUAUUGUUCAGCCUUGUGUACCGAACAAUCACUGUGGAUCAAAUUUACAUUUUAAUAUUAAGCAAGUUGGUUUGAUAUAGUAGUUCACUGCAACUGAUAAUGAAAAACUGAAAUUUACAUACAUAGUCACUAAUUCUAUUUUCGAUUUUGGUGUCAGAUUAGUAAAGUAUACAUGGAAUCCUAACAAUCAUCAUUUUAUCUUUCUUUUAACUGUUCAGUCACAUCUCUUUCAGGCUUAAAAAUAUUCAUCAAUAAGUGAAUGCAACAAGGAAAAAACGUCAUUGUAAAAUGAAUUGAAUGUCAUAUGUUGAACACUUUUUUUCAUUUUUCCGGUUACUUUUUUUCAGCCAAGUCAACAUUUUGGGAUUGUUCACUAGUUUUUGAUUUUCGUGGUUGGAAAAAAUAACUAAUAAAUAUAUUAUAUUGAUUUCUCACUAAUAAUACCACUAGGUCAGGUCAUCUGAAGAUUAAACAUUGUAGCUCUUCAAACAUAUUGAAUUAUACAUGAACGAAUAUAGAAAAAUAUCAUAUGACACUAGGCAAUAUCAUUACUUCCGAUCAACCCCCACCUUUAGCUACUGAAAAAGUAGAACAAAUAAUUACCAGUCAAGAUUGUGACAAAAGUGAUAUCGUGUUAGUAGAGUCAGGUGAGUUCCUUGAGGAAGAUCACGCUGAUUACUCCUCGAAAGAACAAGAAUUUGGGUUGGAUAAAGUUACUUGUUAUCAACAAUUGGAUAUAGUUGAUGACGAAGGAGCCUUAGUAUUCGACAACGACCUUCCAUCACCUCCGAUUUCAGUUUGUGAAGAGUUACAUAAAGAGGAUACUGAGGAAUUAUCACCAUUUCCUUUGACACAUUCAGCAAUUCCAGAAAAUUGUAUCAAAUCCGAAUCAUCGUCAAAUAACCAACCACAAGCGAUACCUGAAUACUGUACAGAUAUUAAAAUCGGACAAAUUGUGGGUGAAACUUUAGAUACAAUAAGUGAUCAUUACUUAGUCGAACCAACUAAUCUUUAUUCAGAUCCCAUUCUAUCUACAAAGAACUUUACAGAAGAAGACGCUGAAAAUUCACUAGAAGAGCCUACUGAAGAACAAUUGAAUAGUCAAUCCGUUGACUACUUAGAAAAAAAUAUUGAUAUAGAGGUUCAAGUUGACCAACAGAACGACGUCACUAGUAUAUUUGAACUAAAAGGCAAAACAAACACUGAAAAAGAAUCAACAGAAUCGCUUGACUUUCAAGAAGAAUCAAUCAGUUCAUUGAAUCCUGAAAACGAGGCAACCGAACCAUCUUACGUAGAGAAAGAAUCCCCUACAUUAUCUACCAGUGACAAACAAAUUGAUAAAUCUUCUGAUCUUGACGAAGAAAUAACUAACCCGGUUUACACUGAGAAAGCAACAAACGUUCCUGGUAAAUCAGAAAAUUUUCAAAUUUUACUACCAUCUGUUGAAAUCUCGAAUUCUUUAACAUCUACUGAAUUUUGUCCAGAAGAAGAAGAAGUCGUAGUAGUAGACGAGCACGGAAGAAAUAUUAGUUCUACAGUUGACGCUGAACUACUAGACGAAACACAUUCUAGCGCUUUGUUCGUACAGUCUGUAACAUCAUCAAUACUAACCGACUCACCAAAUCACUUGACAGAUACUAAUUAUCGAAAUUCGUUUGCAUCUAGUGAAGUUGUACCAUCAAAACAUACUUUGUCGAUUGAUUCUUUAAGUGAAUCUGUAAAUAAUACUACAAAUACUAGUAACAAUAACGAUAAUUUAAAAGAAUUAACACUGAACACUUUAAAUUGUGAUACAUCAAUGAGUACCACAGUUGGUGUAUCUGAUAUUACGGCUGAUCAAUCGGAAAUCAAUAGAGAAUCAUACAUUUCAUAUCCAUCGUAUGAAAUUGACAAUACGCCAUCUCAAAGUUCUUUCGGACAUUUAAAUCAUCUGAAUCAUGAUGAAUAUCAAACCAGAUUAAAUGGUGGCGAAGAUGAAUAUUUACCAGGUGAUAUUAAAGAAAAUAUUAGUGGAAAUAAUAAUAGUAAUGAAGAUAUUCCCACUAACGAUGAUCGAUCAGAGUAUACUAAUAUGAAAACAGAAGAAAGUUAUCACGAUUCUACGUGUCCAUCGCAUUCAGAACAAGAAUUGGAUCAAGACAUUUUGAAAAAUGAACAUGGCAAAAAUGAACUGAUCCCUGAACAAAAUAUGGAAUGUUUAAAUAUUCAAAAUGUUGAAAAUCAACAAAAAUUAUCUUUUAAUCAAAUCAAAGAAGAUUUAGAGAAAAAGAACGUGACUGGUUCCCUUCAACCACUACGACCUGAACAAUACAUUAUGCAUCAUCAAGCUGGUUUGAUUAAACAACAAGAAAUGUUAGUUUUAAAUCCACAAACUGGUGAUGUAUUAAGUGAUCAAUAUUCAUCACAUCAUCAAACAAAUACAAUAACUACAGGUGGCACACAUCACUUCGCUAGAAAUAUAACAUCGACUAAUUCUGUGGUAGUUCCUGCAGGCGGAAAUGUUAGUGGUCCUCCAGUUGGAUCUGGAACAGUAGCGGGUCAACAGAAAGGUUCUACUAUUUAUCCUAAAACUGGUCAAAAUCCUAUUGAUGGAGGAACAAAUGGAGGUGUUGGUGCUAACAGCAGUGGAAGUGCUGGUGGUGGUCCUAGCAAAAGCGGAACUUUAGUUGGUGGUGGUUUGGAUAGAUCUCGACAAGUAUAUAAUAUGUUUGAAUGUCAAAUGUCACAACUUACAGUAUUUCUGGAUCGUGCACUUAUAUGUAGACGUAUUAGACCACGUUUCAAUGCAUCGGAUAUUACAGAAGUUGUUUUUGAGCAUUUAUCACCAGCUAUUGAUAAAGAUUCUAUUCGUGUGGAAAUUCGUGGAGCUGCAACUAUUCUAGAUGUGAGCUUCUCAGCAAAAUCAUUAUCUGGUGAAGAAGACACUUGGUCACAAUGUGUUAAUGAGCUAUUAGUUGAAUUACGUCAAUGUCGUCGUCGUGCAGAUAAUCUAGUCAAUAGAAUUAUUCGUACAGAAAAACAACGUUGUGUUCUUGAAACAUUUGCUGAUAGUUUGUCACGUCGUGAAGAUGAAAUUCUAUUGGGCGGUAGUCAUUAUGGCCAUACGACAUUGAAUAAUAUACCAAAUCAUACAGGUGUUGUAGAUCAAGUAAAUAAUAUCUCAUCACAAGGAGCAACAUUAUCGGGAGGAACAACAGCAAAUGCUCAAAUGGCCGCAACGACUGCGGAACAUAAAUCUAUAAAUGAUGUCACCAAUCCUUAUGAUCCAAAAAAUGUGGAAACGUUGCAUAAAUUUCUUGAAAUUUACAAAGAUGAAGCUGAACGAUUUGAUACAGUUUUAAUGGAUACAACCGAAGAAUUGGAACAAGUUCGCACACGAAUUGAGACAUUGGAAAAAGAAGUUCGUGAUAUAGAAUUAAAGCAAGAUGAACACUUAGCCAGAGAAUUAAGUGUACUUGUUGAACCAAGAGAAACAGGUCAAGUUGAAAUGCUUGUUUCUUACGUGGUAAAUCGUUGUGGAUGGAAACCAGCUUAUGAUAUUCGUAUUUUUAACAAUGAUGGAACAAUGAAAAUAGUUUAUUAUGGUAUGGUUCAACAAGCUACUGGUGAAGAUUGGGAAACACGUUAUAUGACUUUAUCGACUGCGCAACCCGGUAUAGGUGGUACAGUUCCACAUUUAGGCAUACAAAGAGUACAUUUUCGUAGAGACAUAUCGCCUGAUUCUAGUCGUCAAUUACAAAGUGUAGACAAAUCUAAUUUAAAUGAAAAAACAUCUCGACUACCAUCUGCUGGUACAACUCCUACUUAUUCUAAACGUAUUUCUGCCAAUGCAGCUGUAUUUUAUCAAACACCUCCAUUGCAACGUUCCGAUUUUACGCGUGGUUUAAAUGAUAAUAUUUCAUAUGAAAUGACUGAUCGUCUUUCUGAAUAUUAUGACAAUUCAACUGAAUAUUACUCUACACUUGGACGAAGUGAUAGUAUGGCAUCAACUACGUUGCAUUCAUCUCUUGGUCGUCGAAAUAAACUACAUCCAAGAUCGAAAUCACGUGAAACAAUACGUACUAUAACUCAGCGUGAUGGUAUCACACCAUCUGGAACACUGCAACGCGGUGGUAGUAUUGAAAGUACUUAUGCAACUGGAUUACGUCCCUCUAGCACUAGACCUAUCAGUAGACGUACAUUAGGAUCAAGUAUGCUGUUCAAUUCCGUCACUUCUCAGAAUCCUUUGUUAACAAAUCGAAUUUCUAAUUUAAUGAAUUCACAGCCUGCACUAUUGCCUACACCACAACAACCUGCACCGUCUGUUGGAACAGUUGCAACGAUACAGCUGGAGGUCCCAAGACCCCCUGCAAUAAUUCGGUGUGAUAACGAACCCAAUCGUGUCACGGUCGGGUUGUUAGAUUUACAACCACGUUAUGAAUACGUAACUGUGCCAAAGCGUUCUUUGUAUGCUUAUUUGAAAGCGACAGCCGUGAACAAUACGGAAUUUUCUAUCUUGGCUGGUCCAACUAACAUAUAUGCGGAUAAUACUUUUAUUGGCAAAUCUGAAAUACGUGCUGUCGCUCCAGGAGAAGAGUUUAAUUGUCAUUUAGGAGCUGAGAAUGGUAUAAAAAUACUGUAUCGCCCAUUAUUCAAAUAUCGUGAAGGUACCGGUUCGAGUGGGAAAAAUGCUACAAUGACAUUUAAACAAUUAAUUGAAGUACGUAAUACAUUUGAUCGUCGUGUACGUCUAAUGGUUGUUGAUCAAGUUCCGGUCAGUGCAGAGGAUAAAAUUAAAGUUAACCUUUUAGAGCCGACAAUUAAACAUCCAGAAAAAUAUGAUAAAAAUAGACCAAUCAGAAUGAAUAAAUUCAAUAAUGUUGAAUGGGACUUGGAUCUAGGUCCAGGUGAAAUUCGUGAAUUAACACUAAAAUAUUCAGUGGAACAUCCAAUCAAUGAAGAUUUAGACGUUUCUGUUUCUGAAAAUUAA